AUGCUCAUUUUUGGACCGCAAGCGGAGUUGCCCUCCGAUGCGGUGAUGGCAAAUUUGCGAGACGACCUUGUCAAUAACCGUUCGUUGUCGACCUUGGUGGCCGCAAUCGAGGAUCUGCAGCAAUUCUGGACAGCACUGGUCGAUUUCGAUCCGAGACUGAACGAUGCUCAAGGGGGAAAGACACUGAACGAACUGCAGUACUGGCUUCAUAGUGGUCAGCUGCCCGACCGCAACAGGGACCUUCCAAACUUGUUGACCGUUCCCAUGACGGUCAUUCUGCAAAUCACUCAGUACGCUCGCUACAUUGCCGGGCUCGAGUUGAAGCAUCCUCAUGUUCACAUCCUUGCUGAACUCAAGGAAGCCGGCGUUCAAGGCUUCUGCAUCGGCUUUCUCAGUGCAAUUAUCAUCGCCGCUGCCCGCAAUGAGGCUGAGAUAGGCGUCAUUGCCGCUACAAUGCUGCGUCUAGCUGUCUGCAUCGGCGCCUAUGUCGACAAGAAUGUCGGCUAUGGCGAAAGUUCCUCUCCCAGCGCAUGCAUUGCCGUUCGCUGGAAAGACGAUAGCGUACGCGGCAGGGAAGAAGUUGAUGUCAUUGUUCAGCAGUUCAAAGAGGCAUACAUAUCAAGCAUCAAUGACCAGGCCAGUGUGACGGUUACGGCGAAACAUUCGGAUAUCGCAGACCUAAGGGAUAGCUGCCGCUCCCGUGGACUGCGUGUGAGCACCCUUUGCGUCAAUGGUCGUUUCCACACUGGUGUUCACUUACCCGCGGUGGAGCACAUCAGCGCGUUUGCGAAAGAUAGGGAUGAUAUGCAGCUACCAUCCACCGAUAGGCUGCAUUUGCCUGUAAGAUCCACCGUUGACGGCACAGUGAUUCGAGAAGGAGCAUUGAUACGACACAUUCUUGAGAAUACACUAUCGGAGCAAGUCAACUGGUACGCAGCAGUGCAGGCUGCUGCUGCUCCGUUGAAGGAGGACACCGCCCCGGUUGUGGUCUUCGUUGGUACUGGAAGCCACGUUCCUGCCUCGCUCCUUCCGGAUCCACGUUUCCAAACAAUUUCGCUGGGCGCAACGAUCGCAAACAAGGCAGCAUCAACUCCACAUGUCGCAUCCCCUCUCGCCAACGUGAACGCCCAGUCUGAGUAUCCUCCAAAUUCCAUUGCCAUCGUCGGCAUGUCCGGUCGAUUUCCAGGAGCAGACUCUCUCGACGAGCUUUGGCAGCUACUGUUGUCUGGCAAAGUAAUGGCACAGCCUGCGCCAGUCAAGAGGCUUGGGCUACCUCAGACAGGCAAUCACGCAGACACGAAAUGGUGGGGAAACUUCCUCAACAACCCUGACGCAUUCGACCACAGUUUCUUCAAGAAGUCUUCUCGUGAAGCAAUUGCUUGGGACCCGCAGCAGCGGAUAUUACUCGAAGUGGUGUACGAAGCCUUGGAAUCAGCCGGGUACUUCUGCGCAGGAUCGAGCAAACAGCCUCAAGACUAUGGAUGCUACAUGGGCGCUGUGAUGAACAACUAUUACGACAAUGUCUCGUGUCACCCAGCUACAGCGUACGCGACCCUUGGAACAUCUCGCUGCUUCAUCAGCGGAUGCGUGAGCCAUUAUUUUGGUUGGACUGGACCCGCUUUGACAAUCGACACUGCUUGCUCUUCGUCUUUGGUCGCCAUCAACACUGCAUGUCGGGCCAUAUGGUCUGGAGAAUGUUCUCGAGCUGUGGCUGGGGGGACCAACAUGAUCACCAGCCCAUUCGACUACCAGAACCUCCACGCAGCUGGUUUCCUUAGUCCAAGCGGCCAAUGUAAGCCAUUCGAUGCUGGUGCUGACGGCUACUGCCGUGGAGAAGGUGUGGGUGUCAUAGUGCUCAAGAGGCUGGAGGACGCCCUCACUGAGAACGACAACAUCCUAGGUGUCAUCAUGGGCUCUGCAGCAAACCAAAACCACAAUCUCAGUCACAUUACCGUCCCGCAUUCAGGCUCGCAAGUCGAUCUUUACCAGAAUGUGAUGGCCGCUGCAGGUGUAGACCCGCAAGCCGUGUCUUAUGUGGAGGCGCACGGGACCGGGACGGGUGUGGGCGACCCUGUUGAAUACCGCAGCAUUCGAGACGCAUUCGCCGGUCCUUCUCGAAAAGACCUCCUUCAUUUUGGCUCUAUCAAAGGGAACAUUGGCCACACGGAGGCGACCGCUGGCAUCGCGGGUCUCAUCAAAGUCCUUCUGAUGAUGCAGCAUGGAAGGAUACCACAGCAGGCCAGUCAUUCCUCGAUGAAUCCGAAGAUCCAGACGCAUUAUUCAGAUCGCAUGGCUUUAUCGACGAGAACGAUUGAAUGGGCUGCUCCAACUCGUAUUGCCAUGGUGAAUAGCUAUGGUGCUGCGGGCAGCAACUCGGCUGUUCUGAUUAGAGAGUAUCAAACGACACCACUCAGAACACGGGAGGCUCUGGCCAAAUACCCCAUCGUUAUUUCCGCAGGCUCAGUGAACAGUCUCAUAUCUUACACAAAGAAGCUUACGAGUACGCUGCGACACCUACAGUCACACGGAACGACAGUCCAGCUGGGCGAUCUGGCAUUCAAUCUCGCUGAUCGAGCAAAUCAUGCUCUGCCAUACAUGUUGACAACAGAUGUCUCCGAUAUGACAGAGCUGGAAACAAAGAUUGGAGCAGCUUCUGAGAAGGACAUCACGAUGACGUCAAAGCCGAAGCCAGUCAUCUUGGUCUUCGGGGGCCAAGAGAGUGAUUUCGUUGGUCUUUCCGAGCCGAUCUUCAAAUCCUCUACUCUCUUCCGCCACCAUCUCGACGCGUGCGACAUUGCCCUGCACGCGCUAGGUUGCGAAGGAAUCUAUCCCGCGAUCUUCCAACGAACGGGCAUCUCAAGUCUGGUCGCUCUACACUCGGCCCUCUUUGCUGUUCAAUAUGCUUCCGCUCGGGCUUGGAUAGACAGUGGGCUCGAGAUCGCCGCCGUCAUGGGUCACAGUUUCGGUCAGCUGACAGCGCUUUGCAUCUCUGGUGUUCUGUCGCUGGAAGAUGCACUUGUGUUGGUUACUACCAGGGCUUCCAUCAUGCUGAAGCAUUGGGGUACCGAAUCCGGGGAGAUGAUGUUCCUCCAAACCGAUCAAACCACCGUCUCCGAGCUUCUGCAUACGCUGAGAACCCGGAAUCUAGCACACAGCUUGGAGAUUGCGUGCUACAACGGUCCAAGGAGUCACGUUGUAGUUGGUUCGCGCAACGACAUCGAAGAGCUGGACUCUUUGAUCGCCAACAACAUGCAGUUCAAGGCUUCUAUCCGAACCAAGAGACUGAAAGUCACGCAUGGCUUUCACUCUGAGUUUACUGAACCUCUUUUGCCGCAUCUUGACGAGCUUGCCCAAUCUCUUGAAUGGAAUACUCCGGCCAUUCAUCUCGAGACAUGCGAUGAAGGCCAGAGCAUCUCGCAUCCUGACCACACUCUACUGGCUCACCAUACAAGACGCCCAGUCUUCUUUCAGAACGCCGUCGAACGACUUGCACGGAAGUUUCCCCAGGCCGUCUGGCUGGAGGCAGGCCGUGGCUCUUCCGUCAGUCAGCUUGUUCAAGGCUGUAUUGUUGACAACCAGAACAGUAUCGUGCUGUCUCCUCAACUCACUUCAUCGAAUGCGCAAGAUUCAUUGACCAGCGUGACAACGAGUCUUUGGAAAGCUGGGUUUUCGAUACAGUAUUGGCCAUUCCAUCGAACACAGAGAAGUCAGUAUCAAUACUUGGCUUUGCCACCAUAUCAGUUCGAGAAAACUCAGCACUGGCUUCCAUUUACUGGACGCGGAGGUCAGAAGGAGAAGGUUACAGCACCCGUCGACAUACAGCCGACAACGCAUGAGCUACUGACAUUCCUUCACUUCACCGACGACAGUGAGAGCGAAGCUGUUUUCAACAUUGCGCCACAAAGCGAUCGCUUCAAAUCCAUGCUUGCAGGGCACGUCAUGGCGGGCCAGUCGCUCGCUCCAGCUUCGCUUUACUUUGAAGUCGUUGCCCGUGCUGCAUUGUUCCUUGCAGACGAUACAGAGAGCGUCAUGUACAUCCCUACAACGGAAGACCUCACAAUGAAGUCACCGAUUGGCAUCAGCACCGAUGUUGAUAUCCGGCUCUGCUUGAAACGUCUCGACGUCUUGUACCCGUCGUGGUCGUUUUCCAUCACCACACAAGCGAAGAGCGCUCAGCGCAAUGAGCCCUUCGAGCAGUCGACUGGACGUGUACAUCUUACUGCUCGGCAAGACAAGCAAGCGGCACAAGUGUUCAAACGCUUCGAGUCUCUGAUCGGCUUGCGUCGUUGCAAGGAGAUCCAAUCUCAUCCUGACGCAGAGAAGAUGUCGGGAAACCACAUCUAUCGUGCGUUUAACCACAUCGUGCACUACGGCGAGAACUUUCGUGGCAUCAAGGAAGUCUCAUGCGUUGGCUUCGAGGCCACUGGCAAGGUCAGGAUGUUUGUGGAUCCGGAGAGACCUGUCGAUGAGAGGUUGACGGACACACCCAUGACGGAUAGUUUCAUGCAGUUCGCUGGUUUCCUGGUCAACUACUUCAACAACGCAAGCUUGGAAGAUGUGUUCGUCUGCCACAAGAUCGAACAUAUCGAGAUUGGCGAUGGUUUCAACCCGGAUGCAAAUGAGUGGAUUGUUUACUCAAACAUGACACAAGACGAUGAUGACGGCGCCUCGGCUGACGCAUACGUUUUCGACCCAAGCACGAAGAAGAUGGUCAUGGCGGCGUUUGGCUUCUGUUUUUCGAAGAUGUCGCAAUCACUUCUUGCUAGAAUGCUGAAGAGCGUCAACAAAAGCAGCACUUCGACAAAGGAGCCGGAAGUGACCGCGAUCAAAGACGACGUGACAGUAAAGCCAGCUGCACAAGCAGCUACUGCACUGGAAAGACAGUCUUCCAGCGAGCGAACGCGUGUGCUCAAGAUCCUUCACGACGUCACUGACGUAUCUCUUGAGCAACUUCAGGAUGACUCUGUGUCUCUCGAAGACCUUGGCGUUGACUCUCUCAUGGCCACUGAAAUCCUCAAUGACAUUCGUGUCGUACUAGGACUGACCAUUGAUUUGACAACGUUCCUGUUCUUUGCAAGCGUGAAAGAGUUUGUUGUCUACGUCGAUGCCAAACUGGGCAUCAGUGUAACCGACGAAGACACGCCCAGUACGAGCGACGGAGUACCUGUUUUGACUCCAGAGUCUCCUUCAAACGGGCCGGCAUUUCCAUCCGCAUCUACUCAGAUCGUUACGGUACCAGAAAGUCGACCGUCGAUAUCGUCGGCUUACGAAGCCUUUCGUGAAGUACGAGGCAAUUAUGACCAGCUCGCAGUUGGCACCAAGGCGACAGGAUUCUGGUCCAAUGUGUACCCCGAUCAGGCGAAGCUCGUCCUUGCCUAUGUUGUUAAUGCUUUCGCUCAACUCGGUUGCAACCUAACAACUAUGCGCCCAGGCUGCGCAGUCCCUGACGUACACGAUAAAGUCCUGCCCGCGCACAAACAGCUUGUACGACAGCUCUAUCGUAUCUUGGAGGAUGCGCGUCUGAUCUCUGUUACGGAGGGAAGAUACUAUCGAACGGGUAUCGCAAUCGACACCUCGCCUGCUGAGCUCCUGUAUCAAGCCAUUAUUCCUCGACAUCCCGAGAGCGCAAAUGUUCACAAGCUCGUCAAAGUCAUUGGUACUAAGCUUGCUUCCUGCCUCGUAGGCGAAACGAACGGUCUGCAGCUCAUCUUCGGAGACCGAGAGAAUAAGCAUACCUUGGAGGAUAUGUAUGCAAACUGGCCCCUGCUUCGGACGCCCACACUUCUCCUCGGAGACUUCUUGCUCAAAGCGUUCACCAGUGCAACCGGGAGUGGCAAGUUCAAGAUCCUGGAAGUUGGGGCGGGUACCGGCGGAACGACAAAGUAUCUAAUCAGUCAUCUCCAAGCCCACAACAUUGCAUUUGAAUACACCUUCACCGACAUUUCCAGCUCUCUCGUGAGUGCCGCGAGGAAGACGUUCAAGGGCGUCGAAGGCAUGAUAUUUGAGGUCAUGGAUAUUGAGAAACCCCCACUUGAAGCUCAGCAAGGCGAGUACCACGCCAUCAUCGCGACGAACUGCAUUCAUGCGACUCGAAAGCUGGACAUUUCUCUCAAGCAUUUGCACCAGAUGCUGAGAGAAGAUGGUGCUCUCACCCUUGUCGAGAUCACCAAAAACAUGUUCUGGUUGGAUAUUGUCGUCGGUCUAUUCGAGGGCUGGUGGUUGUUCGAAGACGGUCGAACCCACGCUUUGAUCGACGAGCUGCGAUGGCAGGGCCUGAUGAAAGAGGCUGGAUUCCAGAGUGUUCUUUGGUCUGAUGGAAGUACACUCGAGGCAGCGACAGUACGACUCAUCGGCGCCUUUCCUCAAGCUCCAGUUGUGAAAUCCAUCAACGGCAGAGCAGAGACGAAGACGUCGGGGAAGGCAGUGUUGGAGACGGUCGUGUAUAAGACGAUCGGCAACCAGGAGAUACACGCCGACGUGUAUUGUCCCGUCCAUCCACCAGCAAAGAAGCUGCCCGUCGCUUUGAUGAUCCAUGGAGGCAGUCAUAUCAUCUUCUCGAGGAAGGAUAUUCGUCCGCCACAGACGAGACUUCUCCUCGAAAAGGGCUUCCUCCCCGUCAGCCUCGACCAUCGCUUGUGUCCCGAAGUCAAGCUCGUGGAGGGUCCAAUGGUGGAUGUGUGUGAUGCGUUGGACUGGGCGCGCAACAUUUUGCCGCACAUGAAGCUCAAUUGCGCGCCCGGUUUGCAAAUCGAUGGUGAGCGAGUCGUAGUCGUGGGAUGGUCGUCUGGAGGGCAGCUGGCCAUGUCGUUGGCGUGGACGGCGCCUCAGAGGGGACUGCGUCCCCCGGAAGCGAUACUGGCAUUCUAUUGCCCAACAGACUAUGAGGAUGAGUGGUGGAGACAUCCUAUUCAGCCCAAUGGCGCCGAAGACACAGGAUUGGAGUAUGAUGUACUUGAAUCCAUCGAAGACGUACCAAUCACCAAUUACGGUAUCGUCGGGGCAUGGGAGCCACUCUCGGAUCCUCGGAUUGGUACAGAUGCCCGCUGUCGCAUCGUGUUACACAUCAAUUGGAAAGCGCAGACGCUCCCCGUCAUUCUCGGCGGCCUCCCCAGCAGAAAGAAGGCCAACGAAUUAGACUCGCAGGACUGGAAUGCUCUCCCACAGCCUGCACUGGAGGAAAUCAUCCGAGCCAGCCCACGCGCACAGAUUGUGAGAGGCCAGUACAAGACGCCGACCUUCCUUGUUCAUGGCACGAGCGAUGACUUGAUCCCCUGGGAGCAGUCGCAAGGCACGUACGAGGCGCUCGUGAUGAAAGGUGUGUUAUCUGGCCUUGCUAUCGUCGAGGGUGCGCCGCAUAUCUGCGAUCUCAGUAGCAAUCCCGAAUCGGAAGGGUGGAAGGCUGUGUUGAAAGGCUACGAUUUCCUUUCUGCCGCGAUAGACCAAUCCAGUUCUGCUGCUGCCGGGUGUUCCAUCUGA